CCCACGCCUCACUAUUUCUUCCACCUCCGUCUUUGUUGACCAUAUUGACCCCCCCCCAACCCCAAAUCCCUCACAGCUCUCUGGGGGAACGCCUUCAAUUCUCUCUCACAGAUGAAGCACCACCACCAGCACCAUGCCGCCACCUGGAAACUCAUCAUACUCCUCCUCCUCCUCAUCCUCGGCUCCACAGGCCCAAACGCCGCCGUUUCGGCCUCCGCGCUUCAGCGAUCACAGCCGAACCACAACGCCGGCCUCUCUCGCUCUCCCAGCCGAUCGCUCCUCUCCCAUCCACCGCCUAAGCGUAGCACUCAAUUUGUGGCGGUGCCGGAGGGGAAGUUACGGUUAGUGGACACUGAUUCCGGUGCAGUAAUUUAUACUGUGGAUUUAGGGGCGCCGCUGUACAGUUCAUACCAGGCUCCUCAAGGCAAAGAUAACAAUAGGUUCCACGUAGAUGUUGAUGAAGAUGGCGAGGUCUGUUUGGUCAGUAAUGAUAUCAAACAGAACCUGCAUAUUCCAAUAUCAGAGUUUGUCCACAAGACGCCUUAUACAUUAGAGGAUGGAUCAGUUACACUUGGAUCGAAGAAGACCACUACCUUUGUGAUUGAUCCGAUGACCGGAAGGACAAUUCACACAUACACUUCAUCUCGUGGAGAGGAGCAGGGUGUUCUGUACCCUGGUUUUAUUAAAGGCAUUAAGCAAUGGAUCAAGCCUGUUCCAACCAAUCCAAAUGCUGCUAAGGCGCUACUAUAUGUCACGGUGACAGAGUAUUCCUUGAAGGCAUACUUUCCACAUUCAAAUGAAGUCUCAUGGAAUUUGACAUAUUCUGAAAUUGGAGUUAUUUCAUUUUGUUCAGAUAUUGAGAGUCCGGUUAGUGGGGCCUUUGGUUCUGAAGCAGGCAGUGAUAUUGUUUUACCGUUAUCAUGUCAAUCAAAAAUAAGAGUCCGCCAUCAAAAUCGUAUAUCGAUUGAACCAUCUAGACAUGGCAGAUUGUUAGAGGAACAUAGCACAGAUAAGAUCCUCUCAGAUCCCACUUCAAAUGCAAUGCAUGUUGUGAGAAAAUCUCCUAAAGGCAUGUUAGUCAUGCUUUUUGAUUGGUCACGAGUUUUGACUCUCACUUUCUCCUUUGUCAUCCUCAUGGGCUUUGUUAUAUACUGCCAUACUUAUGUAGUUAAAAGGCAACAGCUCAGUAAUUCUGAUUCAAAUACUGCACCUUCCAAGAGAAGGAAGAGUCGGAAAUCAGAAAAGAAUGCUAGUGGCAUUGGUGAAGAAAAGGAGAAACAUGUAUCAUCUCAGGAUGAGGAAGCUUUAGCACACUCUGAGGGUGAUAACAAAACAUUGUUCCUUGAUAAACUAUUUUAUGGUGCUGCAGUCGGUCGCAGGAUUGGUAAACUACUUGUAUCAAAUACAGAGAUCGCCAAGGGAAGCAAUGGCACCAUUGUCCUGGAGGGAGUUUAUGAAGGUCGACCUGUUGCAGUCAAACGCCUUGUUCUAGCUCAUCAUGACGUGGCUUUUAAAGAAAUUCAGAAUCUUAUUGCAUCUGACCAACAUCAGAACAUAGUCCGAUGGUACGGUGUGGAGUACGAUCGAGAUUUUGUCUAUCUCUCUCUGGAGCGUUGUAUUUGCAACUUGGAUGAUUUGAUACAAAUUUACUCAAAUUCCGGUGAAAAUCCUGUAGCUGGUGAGGAAUAUGCUAUGAUUCAAAAUAAAGUUCGCUUGUCAACGGUAAAGAAUCUUAUGCCGAACGUUAAUUUGUGGAAAGAAAAUGGUCUAUUGUCCCCCCUACUGUUGAAAUUGAUGAGGGAUGUCGUCUGUGGGCUUGUGCAUUUACAUGAAUUGGGGAUAAUUCAUAGGGACUUAAAGCCUCAAAAUGUUUUGUUAAUUAAAGAAAGUUCAUUUUGUGCAAAGCUUUCUGACAUGGGCAUCAGCAAGCGACUUAUUGGGGACAUGUCUUCUUUGGGUCAUCAUUCUACUGGUUCUGGUAGUUCGGGUUGGCAAGCACCUGAACAGCUUCUUCACGGGCGGCAAACACGUGCAGUGGAUUUGUUUAGUUUAGGUUGUGUCCUCUUCUUUUGCAUCACUGGUGGUAGACAUCCAUUUGGUGAUCGCCUCGAACGUGAUAUAAAUAUUGUGAAGAACCAAAUGGAUCUCUUCUUGGUGGAGUAUAUUCCGGAAGCUUUGGAUCUUAUAUCUCGAUUGUUAAAUCGUGACCCUGAAUUGAGGCCAAAGGCUUUGGAGGUGUUGCACCAUCCUCUUUUCUGGAGCUCUGAGUUGAGACUCUCAUUCCUGCGAGACUAUAGUGACAGGGUAGAACUGGAAGAUAGACAGGCUAACUCUGAUCUUCUGAAAGCCCUAGAAAGUACCGCGCCCGUGGCUUUGGGUGGGAAAUGGAAUGAAAAGAUGGAUCCUGCAUUCCUCACUAACAUUGGCCAUUACAGGCGUUAUAAGUUUGACAGUGUUCGAGACUUACUGCGAGUCAUGCGGAACAAAUUUAAUCACUAUAGAGAGCUCCCAAAGGAAAUCCAGGAACUCCUAGGUCCAGUGCCCGAAGGAUAUGAUCACUACUUUGCAAGUCGGUUCCCAAAACUUCUGAUUGAAGUAUACAAAGUUGCGUGCAAACAUUGUAGAGAAGAGGAAUGGUUUCAGAAGUAUUUCAAAAGCACUGCCAAUGAGUCCUCGGGACUCUAGUUGCUUUAAGUUAUGCUGAAAUAAAUACUGCUGUGUAAGGUGCUUAGUUUAUAUGUGUAGAUGCCUGUAAAUAUUAAUAUGUAUAAAAUAGACUCUCAUAAUCUUAUUAAAAAUAGACUCAUAAUCUUAUUAAUGGUUUCAUCGUCCAA